AUGGAUGCUCUGAAGUUGUUUGGAAAGAACAAGGAGCAAAUAGACUCACUGGCAAAAACUGUCCAUAUUGUUGGCAAAGACAUUGGAAUGGAAUUUGGGAUGAAGAAAUGUGGAAUGCUUGUAAUGAAAAGAGGAAAGAUUGUGGAAUGUAAUGGAAUACAGCUACCUGAUGAGGAAACAAUAAAGUCCGUACGUAGAAGAAGAUGGAUAUAAAUAUCUUGGUAUACUGGAAUUUGAUAAGAUUAUGGAGGGUGAAAUAAAGAAAAAGUUUGUAAAGGAAUGCGGGAGGAGAUUAAGACUGGUGCUGAAAUCAAAACUGAAUGGCAGAAACAAAAUCAUGGCCAUGAACACUGGGCUGUUGCGCUGCUGAGGUACGGAGCUGGUGUUUUGAAAUGGCAAAAGAUCAAAUUGCUGCAAUGGAUCGCAAAACACGUAAACUGAUAACACUGUAUGGUGGUCUUCACCCAAGAAACGACAUUCAUCGAUUAUAUAUAUUUACCGAGAGAAAAGGGCGGCAGAGGUUUGAUCAGUUGUGAAGGAUGCAUUCGUACAGAGAAGAACAGUUUGAGAUGGUAUGUAAAGAACAGUGUGGAAACACUUUUACAACAAGUUGCAAAGACAGGCGUGAUUGAAACGGAAAGAUGCAAAACAAAAGAAAAUUUUAAGAAGAAAGCAGUAGAGAAGCUAGAGAAAGCCUGGAUUGACAAGAAAAUGUAUGGACAAUAUAACAGAGAUUUAGGUAAAGAAGUGGAUAUGGAGAAGACAUGGUGGUGGCUGAAGAAAGGAGACUUGAAACCUGAGAAUGAACCACUUCUGUGUGCUGCACAAGAACAAGCUCUAAGAACAAAUUAUGUAAAGUUUCACAUAGAUAUAGAACUACAAUCCUGGCCAAAAUCAUGUGGACAG